UCUCGCGCAGGAGGGACGCGGUCAUGUGGAUGUUCGGGAGGAAGAAGAAGCCCGUUUUGGACCGAGUCCUGUCCUCGUCCCAGCCCAACCUGUGCUGCCCCCCCCCGGGCAGCGAUCGGCCCACCCUGUGUCACCUGGUGCUGUCGCAGCACGCGAGCUCGUGCCCGGGGCGCGCGAGCUUCCCGAACCUCCCGGGGGGGCUGCGCGAGAGCGCCGGCGACUCCGGCAGUGCCACAGCUCAGCCCGGUGCUGCGGAGGCUCCGCUUCCCAGUCCAGGGAUGUACCAGUUGGACAUCGUGCUGAAGAGUGGAAAGAACCUGGCUGCGAGGGACAGAGGAGGAACGAGCGACCCGUACGUCAAGUUCAAGAUGGGGGGCAAGGAGGUGUUUCGCAGCAGGACCGUCCACAAGAACCUGAACCCAGUGUGGGACGAGAAGGUCAGCCUGCUGCUGGAGAGCCUUUGCGAGCCUCUUUACGUGAAGGUCUUUGACUACGACUUUGGCCUCCAGGACGACUUUAUGGGCUCUGCCUACCUGUACCUGGAAUCCCUGGAGCUUGGCAGGCAGCUGGACGUGACUUUGGACCUGAAGGACCCACAGCAACCCGAACACAAGCUGGGAACCCUGCAGCUUGCCGUGACCCUCUCACCCAAAGAGGGGGACUUCCAGGACGCUAACAUCCUCUUCAGAAAGACCUGGAAGAGGUCGACCAAGCAGCAGCCGCACCAGAGCGUGCGACUCUCAGACAUACACAGGAAGGCCCAGCUGUGGAGAGGCAUCGUGAGCAUCAGCCUCAUCGAGGGUCGCAACCUCAUGCCCAUGGACGCCAACGGCUUGAGCGACCCCUACGUAAAGUUCCGUCUUGGGUAUCAGAAAUACAAGAGCAAGACUAUGAGCAAAACCCUGAGCCCGCAGUGGAGGGAGCAGUUUGACUUCCACUUGUACGAUGAGCACGGCGGGGUCGUUGACAUCACCGUCUGGGACAGGGACGCCAGAAAGAGGGAUGACUUCAUGGGCCGCUGCCAGGUGGACCUGUCAGUCCUCAGCAAGGAGCACACACACAAGCUGGAGCUCCCCUUGGAGGAGGGUGAGGGCCUCCUCGUCCUGCUGGUGACCUUGACCGCGUCUGCCGCAGUCUCCAUCUCCGACCUGUCGGCCAAUCUGCUGGACGAUCCGUUGGAACGCCAGAACAUCCUCAACAGAUACAAACUGCUCAGGUCUUUCCACAACGUGAGGGACGUGGGAGUCGUCCAGGUGAAGGUCAUCCGGGCCGAGGGAUUGAUGGCAGCUGAUGUCACAGGGAAAAGCGACCCCUUUUGCGUUGUGGAACUGAGCAACGACCGCCUGCAGACACACACGGUCUACAAGAACCUCAACCCAGAGUGGAACAAGGUUUUCACCUUCAACGUGAAAGACGUCCACUCCGUGCUGGAGGUCACGGUUUACGACGAAGACAAGGACCGCAGCGCAGACUUCCUGGGCAAGGUGGCCAUCCCUUUGCUCAACAUCCGAAACGGGGAGCGGAAAUCAUACGGCUUGAAAAACAAAGCGCUGACAGGGCCGACCAAGGGGGUCAUCUAUCUGGAGAUGGACGUGAUUUUCAACACAGUGAAAGCUGGCCUGAGGACCCUGACGCCAGCGGAGCAGAAGUACCUGGAAGAAGAGCCCCGGGUUUGCAAACAGCUGCUGCAGCAGAACUUCCUGCGGGUGAAGCGCUGUGUCCUGUUUCUCAUCAACAUCGGCUCUUACAUCAACAGCUGCUUCGAGUGGGAGUCUCCGAAGAGGAGUCUUACAGCCUUUCUGCUCUUCAUCCUGGCUGUGUGGAACUUCCAGCUCUACAUGAUCCCCCUGUCCCUCCUCCUGCUGCUGGUCUGGAACUACCUGCGAGUGGCCCUGGGCCGGGACCCGCGCCACGGCAGCAUGAAAGAGAUGGAAGAUAUGCUUGAGGACGAAGACGAUGAGCUCGACAAAGAGGACUCGGAGAGGAAGGGCUUCAUGGACAAGCUCUAUGCCAUCCAGGAUGUGUGCAUCAGUGUGCAGAGUGCCCUGGAUGAGGUUGCUUCCUACGGAGAGAGGAUAAAGAACACAUUCAACUGGACAGUGCCUUUCCUGAGCUGCCUGGCAAUCGUGGUACUGAGCAUUGGUACUGUGGUCAUCUACUUCAUUCCCUUCCGAUACAUUGUGCUCAUCUGGGGUGUAAACAAAUUCACAAAGAAGCUACGAGACCCGUACAACAUCGACAACAAUGAGCUGCUGGACUUCUUGUCACGGGUCCCUUCAGAUGUCCAGGUGGUGCAGUAUCAAGAGCUGAGACAGGACCCAAGUCAAAGUCCGAAUAAAAGGAAGAAAAACAACCCCGGGUAGUCCGCUCGCGUCUCCCGGUGAUACAGACCCCGAAGAAUAAGUACAAGAGUGUCUUUCAGUUGGACUGAACAAGUCCUUUUCCCUGCCGCUUCCAUUGUAUAUAAUCAGUUCUCUGUGGACAAGUCCGGAAUAAGAAUUCAAAUGAUUAAAGUGAUGGCAAUAACAGAAGGUGGUUACUAUAUGGUACAAUGUAUUAUAUGUUUUGUUUAGUUUUGCUUUAUGUACUUGGAUUAUUUACUUACGUUUAUUUAUUUUUUGUUCUGUCGUGACGGGUGGGAUUCGAUAAGUGGGGCAGUUUCACUGUAGAGCAGCGUGUUUCUCUCAUGUCACCGAAUCACGUGAGACAUUGAAGUUUUGUUUGGAAGCAGUGUAACUCAGAAGUAAGUACACAGAUCUGCAAUGAAAUUAUCAUUUUGGUAUUUUCACAGCAAUUUAAACAUCUAAAUCCAGAAAGACUGGAAUUUCCCUGUUGUGUACAGAUGUUUCACAUAAGACUGUUUUUAAAACACGUGGUUUAAUUUCAUUAAAGUGUGAUGACAGAUAAUGAAGUGUAUAACUAUGUUCUCCUUACCUUUAUUUUUCCUUGUUUCUGCAUUCUCUUGAUUUGAGUUGGAUUGUACUCGUGAGAAGAGAAGCGCUGUCAAUGCAAUGGAAGGUGGGAUGUCGUUAUUCUUGCCGACCGCUGCCGUAUAUUGGAAGAAAUGCUGGAAUCUUGAGAUCGGAAAAAGGCAGCAAGACGUACCGAGCGGCCAAAAGAUACCAACUGCGCUGAAAUCAGCUGAAUCUACAGGGGUGAAGAAAAUAAUGGAAAAACCAAAUAAACUAAUAUGAAGGAGUUAAUGAGAAGUAGAGCUGGCCUUUGCCUUCACAGUUUCAACCACCCUUAAAAGUCCUGAACCGUGUGUAGUGGGAUAUUGCCCCUACUCUACAGCUGAAGUUUUGUGCUCCUUACACCAGGUUACACAUUUUGCAUACUGGCCUUGGAUAUAAACAGUUUCCAGCGGCAGCCCUGCUACGAAUUCCAGUCUCGUGAAAUCCACUCAUUCAGUUCUGUGGUCGUUUUUGAGCCUGUAGUUUUGCAGCAUUUAGCAACUAUCCAGUGAACUGCCUGCCUGCCUGCCUGCCUACCUGCCUGCCUGCCUGUCUUUCUGUCUGUCUGUCUGUCAACUUGUGACCUCUGUUCACCUUUGCUGUGCACCUUUGUAAGAAAAUAUGCUGCUUAUCUAUUCAAACUCACAGCAGUAACGGCUUCAAGCCUUUAAGGUAAGUAAUACCACUUACGUACCCUGUUUAGGAGUUUUUUGCCCCAUUAUUCUAGGCAGAUUUUCUCCAGGGUGUUCAGUUGGUUGCAUGACCUGACUUUGGAGGACUGAAAUGUUGAAAUGGUGCCAUGGAUUCUCAUAGGAACUGAGGUCAGGGCUUUGACUGGGUCACUGUGAGGUCAUUUACCUUUUUAUUCUUGAGACACUCCAGUGUUCUUUUUGCCUUGUGCUUGGGAUCAAUGUCCUGCCAAAAAGUGAACUUCCAAGAUCUUCCAAGCAUCAGCGUUUUAGCAGAGUGAAGCAGGCUCUCUUAUGGCGUUUUUCUGUAUUUUGCCCUAUUAAUUCUUGGAUCUGUUCUGAUGCUGCCACCAUUAUUCACUGUAGGGCUGGUGUGUCUUCAGACAUGGACAGUGCUAUGCUUGUGUCUGGGAAAGUGGUCCCUCAUACUGGCCUGUUUUUUACUCUCAGGACCAAUAAGCAGAAAUGAUCUGAUUUGUGGAGCAUCUCACUGCCAUUCAGAAAAAAAAAAAAACAGAUUAUUGUAGAUUUGAGUGUAAAGCAUAUUUAAUGUUAGUGAUUUCCUUUCAGACCAAAUUAGAGUUACUGGGUCCAACACCUGGAACCAGGACUGAUAAUGGCAGUCACUAGCUUGGCGCUGGUAGCCGGGAGACCCACAUAACCCAGUCUGGCUCAGCCUGAAAUGGAGAUAUGAAGUCAUCUUGUGGGCUUACCACCUGCAAGGUGAAUGGUCGGCAGGUAAGAGUGGUAUGAUCUUAGACAUGCUGGACCCCAACAGUAGAAACUGGUUUUAGGAACCUGGGAUGUCACUUCUUGGACAGGGAAAGAGUUUCAGCUGGAGAAUUUUUUUUUGGAAGUGACAGCUAGACAUAGUUAGUCGUACCUGUAGGCAUAGUGUGGGUACUGGAACCAAACGUUUUGUUCGAAGGUGGUCUGAGGGUUCCCCAGCUUGAGGGGGAACAAUUGCCCCUACAGGAGGAGUUCUUGUAUCUUCGAAUCUUGUUCAUGAGUGUGAGAAAUGGGGAACGGGAUAUUGAUAGGUGGACUGGGACGGCUUCGCCAGUCUGUGGAGGUGAAGAAGUAGCUGAAUCUUCAGAAGGUCUUGGUUUUCCCCUCUGUCUCUACCCCCAUUUUCGACUAUGGUCUGUGCUUUGAGUAUUGACUAAAACAAAACGAUCAGAGAUGAAAGCAAAUGAAAUGAGGCUUCUUCACAUUGUCAGUGGCCUCAGUCUCAAUCCUGACGGGUUGAGGAUUUUGGUGAUCUUGGACAAGCAGUCAUUUCAGAUGGUUGAGGCAUGUUGCUAGAAUGCCUCCUGAUUGGCUCUUCACUGGAGACUCCAGGGUAGACCUAGGACAGGUUCAGAGAUUGUAUGUCUUGGCUCACUUGAGAAUACCUGGGGAUCCCUCAGAAGCAGCUGGAGGCUGUUGCUGGGAAAAGGGAGCUUUGGGUUUUGUUGAGCUGAUUCUCCCUAAGAGCAGCAGCCAGAAAACAGCAGACGAAAACUGAAGCUGAUAAAUUGAUGUUUUUUCCCACGAUAACUUGCAGAACAACAGUCACACGUAACACAAGAAGUGUUCAGCUGUAUUAUAACAUUGAUAUUUGUGCUGUUUUUGGCCAAAAAUUUACACACUGACUUUACCUUCUGUGGAAGCUGUCAAACUUUGCCUCGUCCAGCUUUCCAAUUUCGACAUCUUCUUUAAAAUGUCGUCUUUCGUGGAUGUUCUCACUGCCUUUUUGAUUCGCCUUAUCCUUCCUAAUGGCCUGUUCAAGGUCACUGCUAUAAUGCACUAAACUAAUUUUAAGCCAUUCCCCUUAUACAGUACAUAUAGUGCAAUAAAGUACAUCUUUUGUAUUCAUAGGAAAACAAUUUAUUUUAUCUUGUGUGUUUGUACGUGCGUAUCUAGGGCUAACAGGUAUUUUGUGUC